AUGAGACCUUCGUAUAAUGACGACGGUUUUUCGGAUGACGAAUUCACCAAUUCUAUACUUACAAAACGAGAUGAGCAGGACGACAGUUUAGAGAGCAUGACAUUUGGAGCACUUAACUCUGCACAAAAUGAACUUCUUGGUAAGAAAAAGAAGAAGAAGAGUAUACAAACAGAAUCCAAAAAGCGCAAAUAUUCCGAAUCGGAAUCAGAAGAAGAUUCAGAAGAUUCAGAAGAAGAGUCUGAUUCAGACAGCGAUGCACCUCCACAGGAGAACUCUAGCAGAGGAAAAACUUCUAGAUUUCAGAAAAAUGGAGAAAAGAAGAAAAGAAGCAAACACGCACCGGCUGAGACUUCGUCCAAGAAACCUGUUUCACGCAUACGAGAGAUUCCGGGGUUAAAGUCCAGUAAGGAAAGUACAUUGUACACUGAUAUACGGUUUGAUCCAGCAUACGGAAAGGCCGAUCUAAGGAAAACCAGAAAAGAUUAUGCCUUUUUGGAUGAGUACAGACAGCUGGAGGUGAAGUCAAUGGAGACGAUGUUGAAGGACAAGAAGUCUGGACAAAUGCUUUCAAACAGAGACAGAGAAGAAAUACAAUUGCAGUUGCAGUCUUUGAAAUCAAGAUUGGACACCAUGAAGAAUAGAGACUUAGAGGAGAAGAUCUUGGCUGAUCACAAACGAAACCAGAUAAAGGGCUUCAAAGACGGUCAGCAGAACAACCCUUACUUUUUGAAGAGAAGCGACAAGAGAAAGUUGAUCCAGAAGGCCAAAUUCGACUCCAUGAAGGCUUCACAGAGAGAGAAGGUGAUGGAGAGAAAGAGAAAGAAGAGAUUGGGAAAGGAGUUCAGGCAAUUGGAGUUCAACCAGCCACGUCACUAG